UUUUCAUGAAUCAUGUGUUUACAGAAAAAAAAGAGGUUAGAUUUAAAUAUGAAUGUAAACAAUGUUGUUUUCAGCAGAAAUUACGGAUUUUCGAAUAAUACACAAUGUAUUAAAAGCGAUAACAAUGAAAGAUUACGUUAUUUUACGCCCUAUGGCAGAAGGGUUGAAAUUAACUUUAGAUGAAAUGAAAUGCGUAGAAACAUCCGUUUACAUUCCCAAUUCGUUUUUUACUAAUUACAGCGUAGAUAAAAGUGAAGAAAUAAUUUUUAAAAUUAGUUUAAAAGUAUUAGUCGACAUAUUGAACAUAUUCGGAGAUGAAGGAAGUCCUAGUUUUAAAUUAUCUUAUGCUCAUGUUGGUGCGCCGCUCUGUAUAAUAAUGAAUCAUAUUGAAGAAAAUAUUACGAUUGAUUGUGAAAUACGAACUAUGAACGUCGAUGAUUUUGAUGAUGUUAGUUUAGCGGGUGGAUGCGAUGUGAAUAAAUUAGUCAUAAAAGCCGAUAUUUUAACAGAACUUCUCAACAGAUUAAAUAAUUCUGCGGAUGAAUUGAGCAUAAAACUCAGUCCCGAUCCCCCUUAUUUCACUUUAUCAGCAACAGGAAUUGCGGGAAAAUCUGAAGUGAGUAUUUCGAAAAAUUCCGAUGCUGUUACAUUAUUUCAGUGUCAGAAAACUACAACAGCAGUUUAUUACUUCAAUAAUAUUCGUAUGGUACUUAAAGUUAUGGCUUACGCAGAUAAAGUGGGUAUUUCGACUGGGGAUUCGGGUUUACUUGGCUUGCAACUUGUUAUCACCUCUGAUGAUAAACAGAUGUACGUGGAGUAUUAUGUAACGUCUCAAUAUUUGGCUGAUUAAGAGAUUUAAUGAUACAUUUUCAUGACAAAUAAUAAAUUGUACACUACCCAAGAGUUGAAUCCUUA